CGAAAUACAAAUUAUACAAGAGCUUCUGAAAUCACGUGACCACAGAUGUAGUGUGCUGAAGACAUGGCGGACAAGGAAGAGCCUGAGAAGACCAUUGCCGAAGACUUGGUUGUUACCAAGUAUAAAAUGGCUGGCGAGAUAGUAAAUCGUGUACUAAAACAAGUUUUAGACAAAUGUAUUGUUGGAGCAUCUGUGAGAGAGAUAUGUGAAUAUGGAGAUACACUUUUAACAGAAGAAACUAGUAAAGUUUUUAAAAAAGAGAAGGAACUUAAGAAAGGAAUAGCUUUUCCAACCUGCAUAUCAGUUAACAACUGUAUUUGUCACUUUUCUCCUAUUGCAAGUGAACCGGAUCUAAUACUCAAAGAUGAAGAUAUGGUUAAAGUUGAUCUUGGAGCACACAUUGAUGGCUUUAUAGCAGUUGUGGCACACACUAUAGUUAUAGGCUCUUCGACGGAACGCAAAGUUACAGGUAGAAAAGCUGAUGCAGUUUUAGCUGCACAUUAUGCAUCUCAAGCUGCGCUAAGACUUUUAAAACCUGGAACAGAGACAUACACGAUAACGGGAACAGUAGAAAAAAUUUGUGAUGCAUAUAAAUGUAAACCAAUUGAAGGAAUGUUAAGUCAUCAAUUGAAACAAUUUAAGAUAGAUGGAGAAAAGACGAUAAUACAAAAUCCAAAUGAUGCACAAAAAAAAGAACAUGAGAAGUUUACGCUUGAAACCCAUGAAGUGUAUGCAAUGGAUGUACUUGUUAGUACAGGUGAAGGUAUUGGACGAGAGCAAGAUACUCGUGUUACUAUAUAUAAAAAAACUGAAGAAACAUAUCAGCUUAAGCUGAAAGCAUCUCGUAUGUUUUAUUCAGAAGUUUCCAACAAACAUGGACUCAUGCCUUUUAACUUACGUACCUUUGAAGAUGAAAAGAAAGCAAAGAUGGCAGUUCUUGAAUGUGUUAAUCAUAGGUUGAUUGAACCAUUUCAAGUAUUAUAUGAAAAACCAAAUGAAUAUGCUGCUCAGUUUAAGUUUACGGUAUUAUUGAUGCCUAAUGGACCACAUAAAAUUACUGGUAUUCCUUUUGAUCUUGACAUUUAUCAAUCAGACUGCGUAGUGGAAGAUCCAGAAUUGAAGAGUCUGUUAUAUACUUCUGCAAAUCCAAAAUCUGCAAAGAAAAAGAAAAAGAAGGCUGAGAAAGCUGUGGGGGAAGUAGCAAUGGAAGUUGAUGCUAAGGCCUAACACAAUGAAGUUAUGCUCGCUAUGAUUUAUUGUCAUCAAGCACUAUCCCUUUCAUAUUAUCUAGCAGUAUAAAGAGUAAAAUCAGAAACUUUUCAAAGAAUACUGUAUUUCAAAUUUUAUUCUUAACCAUUGAUGCCCACUUUAACAAAAUGUAGAUUUUUAUGUUUUAAUGCUUUUAUCAUUUCCACAUCUUAUUUACAAAUUCAAGUU